GGUGGGCUGAGAACGGCGAACUGUGUUUAUGAUGGACAAUUUAUUUCCCAGUGCAAAGUCAACAUAACACAGCAAACCUACAACAAUUAUUAACAUUUUUCUGGGGCCCUCAUGAGGCAGCGGGAUCAGUCAGCGGAGGAGAGGAGCUCCGGGAGCAGCCGCAGCCUUCCCCGGGACACAGCGCAGCUUCCCCGGCGUCAUGACUCUCUACCACGGCCGCCUGCCGGCUCUCGGAGUGGCAUCCUCGGCUCUGAGCCUCUCCGGACCCCCGCUGAUCUACCUGUACGGGGGGGACAGCGGAGGGGUGGUGCCCGCCGCCCUGAGCUUCGUGCCGGCCCGUCAGGAGCCUCCGCAGAAGCCUCCGUACAGCUACAUCGCGCUCAUCGCCAUGGCCAUCAAGAGCGCACCGGAGCAGCGCGCCACGCUCAGCGGCAUCUACCAGUUCAUCAUGGACCGGUUCCCCUUCUACCACGACAACAAGCAGGGCUGGCAGAACUCCAUCCGACACAACCUGUCCCUGAACGACUGCUUCAUCAAAGUGCCCCGAGAGAAGGGCCGGCCGGGCAAAGGCAGCUACUGGACGCUGGACACCAAAUGUCUGGAUAUGUUUGAAAACGGCAACUACCGCCGCAGGAAGAGGAAGGCGAAGAGCCAGCAGGAGGCUCUGGACUCCAAAGCCGCUGGACACAAGCGCAUGAAGGGCCAGGGGCCGCCCAGGGACCCUCAGUCCUCCGGGAAACACCAGACCGGCUCCAGGAUCCCAGAGGUUCCAGCUGUGGAGGAUCAGGAGACUCAAGCAGACACCAAACCGGUUCUAGUGGAGUUUAACCAGCUGGAGCCGCCGCAGAAUCCUCCCACACAGAGACUGAAGGUGUCCAACAACCAGGACACCGCUGGGUCCGCCGGGAGGAGACCAGAGGCCCCGCAGCCGGAGCCCUGUCCCGCCCCGAGGCUCGCUCCGCUGUGGCUGGACGCCGCGCACCUCCCCGGAGCGUCUCUCCACCGGGAGCCGGAGGAGAGACGGUCUGCGUUCACCGGCAGGGACAGAGGUCCGCUGUGCGCCGUCAGCUGCGCUGGAAACACAAACCUGGCCGCACCUGCGCAGGACAGACCGAAAGGAACCGUUCCGAGCCGGGAUAAAUCCAAAGCGUUCAGCAUCGAGAGCAUCUUGUCCAGGAGCGAAGACGAAAUGCGCAGCGGCGUCCUCGGCGUGUCAGCGGAGCCUCCGAGUCCAGGGUUCAGCUCCUCCGUGGUCCUCGGGGCUCGGCAGCAUCAGCUCUACCAGAUCGGAUUCCCGCUCUGCUCCUACCUGUCGCUCACCUGUCCGGACAAAGUGCUGCAUUUUAAAUGAGACGUUCGUGGAUUUUACGCACCGAUGCGUAAAAGUCUGUAAUUAGCUUUUAAUGAGACUCUGUGUUUGUUGGCUGUUUUCAGGAUCUUCGUCAUCUUCAUCAUCCACAGUUCAGACCCUGAAUAAGAGCGACAGGGGGGCGUUUAAGUCCAGCUUUACGCAUGCGUAAUUGUCAGGUUUGUGGUUAUAUUCACCAUGUUUUCUUUGCUCCUCAGAAGAGGUUAAACUUAGUUUUUUCAUUUUUACACUGACUGUCUGCUGGUUUGUUUGUUUUUUAAAAUUAUCAUUAACAGUCAUCGUCUCUCUUGCAAAUAUUGGAGAAUCUAAGCAGCCAGAAUGAAAAUUCUUUGUUUUAAUCAACUUGACUUGGUAGAAAAGAGAAAAAAUUAAAUAAAAACUACAUUUGGACUUUGGCUUAUAAAAAAUGCAGCUUUCAUCUGAGCUUCAGUGUUUUAUUCCGGUGAUUUCACAGCGACUUGGAGCAACACGUGGGGCGUUUAAGUCCAUCUUUACGCAUGCGUAAAUGUCAGGUUUGUGCUUAUAUUCACCACUUUUUCUUUACUCCUCACAGCAGGUUAAACUGGGAGUUUUUUUUUCAUUAUGACCUUGCUUUUCUGCUGUCUUUUUUUCUUACUUCAGAUCAGUUUAAAGUUUGCAGUAAUGUCCCUCCUGAAAAUAUUAUUGCAUCUAAGUCGCCAAACUCAAAACUAUCGAUAAACUCUGUAUUAAUCCACAUGAUUUGCCAGAAAAAAAAACCCAAAUUGUCCAGAAAAAACUUCAUGUGGACUUUUGGUGGGAAAAAUGCAGGUUCCAUCCUGAGCACCAGGAUGUUUUAUUCCAGUGAUUUAAGAGUGAGACGAAUACCAAGAGGAGCGUUUACAUCCAUCUUUACGCAUGCGUAAUUGUUAGGUUUGUUGUUAUAUUCACCAUUUGUCAUCCUUUGCUCCACAAAACAGAUUAAACCGAUUUUAUUUUUUACUCUGGCUGUCUGCUGAUAUUUUUUUUAUUUACUUCAGUGAUUUGAUCACAUUCAUGCUUGUAGUGACGUCUGUCCUGCAAAUGUUGUCGUAUCCAGGCAGACAAACGAAAAACUGUAAACUCUCUGUCAUGAUUCACUUAAUUCGCCUGAAAAAAAUGUCAUUCUCCGGAGGAAACUACAUUUGGACUUUAGCCUCAAAUAAAGUAAAAAUCUGGUUUCAUUCUGAGCAGGAGUGUUUUAUUCCAGUGAUUUCACAGAGAUUAAGUGCGACAAAGGGGCGUUUACAUCCAUCUUUACGCAUGCGUAAUUGUUAGGUUUGUUGUUAUAUUCACCAUUUGUCAUCCUUUGCUCCACAAAACAGAUUAAACCGAUUUUAUUUUUUACUCUGGCUGUCUGCUGAUAUUUUUUUUAUUUACUUCAGUGAUUUGAUCACAUUCAUGCUUGUAGUGACGUCUGUCCUGCAAAUGUUGUCGUAUCCAGGCAGACAAACGAAAAACUGUAAACUCUCUGUCAUGAUUCACUUAAUUCGCCUGAAAAAAAUGUCAUUCUCCGGAGGAAACUACAUUUGGACUUUAGCCUCAAAUAAAGUAAAAAUCUGGUUUCAUUCUGA